UCCAUGUGCCUGGAGGAUGGUGCCCCUCUACCCUGUCUUCCACCUUAUGUCUGUUUCAGUGGUUUCCUAAACAGGGAUGUUCUCAUAAAUGUACAGCAGAAUGGGCCUCUUGGUCCACGAGGAUUAGCUGAAGCCACAGAAAUGUGCACUCAAGAAUGCCUAGUUUUGGGUCACUCUGAUAACUGUUGGAUGCCUCCUGGCCUGGGUCCAUACCAGCAGCCAAAGUCUCCUCUCUCCACCUUUGCACCUCAAAAAGAAUGGGUUAAGAAGGACAAACUAGUGAAUGGACACACAUUGACAAGAACCUGGAAAGAAGAUAGCAACAGAAACCAGUUCAGUGAUCGAAAGCAGUAUGGUUCCAGUGAGGGCCAUUUCAACGCUGGCAAUCACAUGACUGAUAUUCCUUUGGCUAACUUGAAGUCUUAUAAACAGGCUUCAGGAGCUGUUGAGAGUCCAAAGGAACACCAGCUAUAAAAAAUGGUUACUUUGGACCAAUGACUUUAGCCUACGUAGACUUGCUAAUACUGUGUGUGUGUCAGAGCUUUAUGUACUGGGUAGACCUCUAGAACUAUGCUUCAUAUAGCAGAUAUGCAUAUCUUUAUGUUAGCACCAUGGAGGGUAUGAUGUCCUGCAACACAAAAGAGCAUUUCUGCUAAUUAUGUGGUUUUGUUAAAUGGACAUGAUUAAACUCUACAGAGAUCUCUCCAGUUUGCAAAUAUCGUUUUUUGUUUGUUUGUUUGUUUUUUGACCCUGGACUGCUGCUAUGAACAAUGGAAGAUGCAUUUGGAGAGCAAAAGAAUGAGAGAAAAAGUUCAGUGGACUGCAAUGAUUGAAAAGCAUAUCCAGUUAGAAAAUUGUGCUCUUGUUGUCAUUGAUCUGUGCUGGGACCGCUAUACUUGACAUCAUACUAC